AUGGGGUACUUUUGCGUAUUCAACAAAAGAGGCUUAGUUAUUCAUGAAGAAGGAAGAGCACCUGAGCAUCUUAACCAGAUAAUAACGUCUCUGGAUACAUCUAAACUUAUCGGAUCAAGGAAAAUCCGAAAUCAGAUCAUGGAAUAUGAGAUCAGAGGCCCGACUGUAUAUCUGAGCCUAUCAAGAACUCCUAAUCUAAAGGCAACCAUUGAUGAUUAUCUGAGUAAAAAUGAGCAAAGAACAACCGAAAGCAAAAAGAAAUUGGGAAAUGGCGCGAAAGGAAGAAAAUGGGAAGAAGUAGGAAAUGAAGAGGAGCUAGAUUACUCCACAUCUUCAAGCAGAAUAAGCAAUCUUGUUGAAGUCAUCAGGAAAGCAACAGUCCAAAAGGCAUUCGGAUUAUUUAGAGACAAAAUACAGGUAAGCGAGCUUAAGGACAGGAUGACCACACAUUUAAUAGGUAAGAAUGUGAGCUAUCAAAUAACCAAAACACUUGUGGAGAAUAUCACGAUGGAGUUGGAAGAGGAGGGAUUAGAAAGUGUUUCUGAAAAAAUAUUUAAAGAGAAGAUGUCAGGAGUUCUUAGUAGGCUUAUUCCAUCAGUAGAUCACGAGAAGAUGCUUGAUAGAAUAAAAAAGCACAAAGGUGUGUUUUCUAUUUGUUUUGUGGGGGUUAAUGGAGUUGGAAAAAGCACAUCAUUGGCUAAGAUAUGCUAUUGGCUACUACAAAACAAACUCAAGGUAUAUAUAGCUGCAUGCGAUACAUUUAGGGCAGGAGCUAUCGAACAACUCAAGAUUCAUGUGGAAAGAUUCAAACUUGGGGGCCAUCUGGUUGGGUUCUACGAAAAGGGAUAUGGAAAAGAUGAUGCAUCUGUGGCAAGAUGUGCCAUCCAGGAAGCCCAGCACGAAGGAUAUGACGUUAUUCUGAUUGAUACAGCAGGGAGAAUGCACAACAAAAAGAAUCUAAUGGCAUCUCUUACUAAGCUGAUAAGGAUCAAUGGUCCCGACCAUAUCAUAUAUGUAGGAGAGGCCUUAGUUGGAUCCGACAGCUUGGACCAUAUUAGGGAGUUUAACAAGGCUAUUGGGGAUGCGGGCCAGUCAAAAAGAAUUGACAGUAUACUUCUUACUAAAGUUGAUACAGUAGAUAACAAAAUAGGGCAGAUUUUGAACAUGGCCUUUUCUUCUCACGCACCCAUCUUGUUCCUAGGUGUUGGGCAAUCAAACUCAGAUUUGUCAAGCAUAGGAUCAGAAGAUAUUGUGAACAGCCUCAUGUCCUCUUGA